AUGAACGUACCUCUGAUAGGCGAAGAAGGUUCUCGCUCGCAACGCUCAAUGUCUGCGAGCUUCCUUUCGAGCCAGGAAAUGAUUGAUUUGUCAUUAUCGACUUCAUACGAUUCAAUUUUCCCAUUAUUUGAUGAAAUGUCAAGAAUUGCUCCACAAAAUAGACAUUUUGCACGCAUUGUUAUGUUUAUUAUAUUUGUUCAGCAAAUUAUUUCAUCAGCAUGUUAUUUGGACUUUGGUUCCUGGAAUUCGUCAAAUGUCGGUGCGAAAAUUAUCAGAUAUAUUACAUACGUCGCUGACUUUGGCGUUGGUGACUCGAAAGUCUUCAAUUCAGGCAUUCCUCAAGCGAUUGUAAUUAUAAUUUCCUUGUUUACUUUCAUUUGGACAUUUUGCAUGCUUUUAGUCUAUCAUUUAAAUAAAUCAUUCGAUAAAGGCGCAAUUAUAUUAACCAGAUUCCUCAUAAGUACGCUAAAUCACGUUAUUUUAAUUCCAAUCUUCUUUAGCUUAUCCUUCGAGUUCAAUGCCGUGUUUGAUGGUGACUUUACAGGAACACAAGUUGUUUUACUGGUAUUCCUUAUUCUUGCUGCCAUUUCAAGUUCGAUGCUUUAUUACAUUGACAUUAUCUUCAGAUCCUCAACAGCCUAUCUCGAAAAUACCAUAUUUGUCCAAUGGGACGGUACAUUAUUCAUCUUAACUACGCUUUUAACCUGCGGAUUAAUUUUUGUCAGUAGAAUGCUUGUUUUCUUCAAUACUUGGACCAAAUACGCAUUAGUAGCUGUUACAGGUAUUCUUUUACUACUUAUUCUCUUCUUUUCUUUAGGUUUACCGUUCAUUAAUUGUAAUAUGAACGGAUUCUUCCAAGGAAUGCUACUACAGAUGUUUAUGAACGUCAUAAUUACACUUAUACCAUUCAAUAACUAUGUCAAAUUUGUCUUAUGUCUUGUUCCUUUCAUCAUAUUUACAAUAAUUUUUAUUCAAUUAGACAAAAAGUUCCGAAAAUUCAUUCUUACCAAACGUCCAAUGGAAACUGAAGCCAGAGAAUUGUUAAUAUUGAUGAUUGCCAUUCAAGAUUCGCCAGAAGAGUUCAUACAAUGGCAAUUACUUCGAGAUAUCACAACAGCUCAUCCAACAACAACAACAUUUGUAAGAAUUGCGCAGUUCUUAUCAUUCUUCCCUUCAGAAUCACAGUUACUUAAUCACUAUGUCUCGAUUAUUAACAAACACAGUGAUUUAAGUUUUUCACAAAGAUAUUUAUUCUAUCAAAUAAAACGUAUCCACAUUCUUCGACAAUCAUCAGCAACGAGACAAUCCAAUUAUGAUUUUGCUGAAGUACAGAAAGCAACUAAUAAAAUGUCUCAAGCCAUUUCAGGCUUCUUCUUACGCGCAAUGGAAAACAACCAAGAAUUAUCAAUUGACGCGUUGAGUGGAUUUUAUUCUGCCAAUCAAAAAACACUUGGAAUUUGUCUUGAAGCAAUGGACAAAUAUCCAAACAGUAUUAGAUUGGCAUAUGAAUUUUCUAGAUAUUUGAUUGAGUGUCGUACUGAUUUCCAAGAAGGCGCAAAUUGGUUCUACAGAGCGGAAUCGAUGGAGAGAGGUUCAAAUGUUGCUAUUGAUUACGCAUUUCGAUCAAUGGUAAAUUUAUUCCCUGUUUACAUCAAAAACAAUUUGUUGGAUUACAGAGGCAAAAAAGUUGUUAACUUCAAAUCAGGUAACGGAUCAAAUUCUAGCUCAUCAGCUUCAUCAAGUCAAUCAUUAGCUAUCAUGUUAGAAGAUUGCGAUGAAGAACAAGCAUCAAGAGUUUUUUCAAAACCAAAACUUCGAUUUGCUUUGAGAAGAGCAAUUGAUAAUGUUACAUCACGAUCAUUAGUAUCAUUACAAGUUGCUAUUAUCGCUAAGAUGAUUGCUGUUGUUGUUGCAUCUAUUAUUAUGUUCGUUGUUUCUUUCUUCUUGUUUAAGAGUCGUUCAAACAUGUGUGGAUUAAUAUCAAACAUGGCACAAUCAUUUGAAUCGUAUUGUGUUGGUUUCUUAUCUGUUUCUAAAUUAUGGGCAUUAAGUAUAGGAAUUGCUCCUUCUCCUGAAGUUAUUAAAGCAACAGUUGGUGUUGAUCCAAGAACAGAAACAUCAUCUAUUGGAGAUGGAAUUAAAAUGAUAAAUGAAAUGGGCCAAAGUUUGGCAAAUUUGGCUAAAAAUGAUUUCAAACUUAUUGAGUUAUCAAAGGAUUUCAUAUUGAGUGGUGCCAUUACGUAUUGUAAUGAUAAUGGAUCUGCUGUUAACCAAGGCAAUCUUCCAGAGAGAGGAGACAUCGGAUACGUCUACAGACAGAUGUUGAGAACAACAAGUUUCAUUGGUGAAAUCAUGAAAUGUGUGAAACAGUUUUGA